AUGCGGCCUCCGGAGAUGUCAUAUAGUCCUGCCUACCACCAAGGCCAGGACCCCCUCGGUGCUGCAGCUCGCAAUUCAAUCAUCGCCCCGCUGCCUGAUCGAUCUAUGGAAUCUCCCGAACCUAGUCAUACCGCUCCGUGGCGCGCCUCCGUCGACGGCGCGCCCUACGAAGGGAGUCCCCGAUCCUCUGGUCCACGGAGAUCCCUCGCCCAGUCUCCGGCAGCUUCACGACGCUCUUCUCGGGUCGACAACGAGUCUCCCGUCACCCGCGUGGUAGUGUCGGGUGGAGUGAUACACAAAGAAGAGCGCUCUCGUGGCAGCUGGGCCGACCAACCCUCGUUGAUGUCUGCCGAUCACUCGGGUACACCUCGCAGGCAAAAGCGAGGCGUGUCCGUGGAUAUACCUGCGGUGGAAAGUCAAGAUGCGCUACUCAUGAUUUUCCGACUCUCCAUCCCGGUCCCAAUAUACUCUUUCGGCGCCUGCCUAUACACUUUUGGCGCGCUGAUAUUCGCCAUCCUCAUCUCUCCCCUCCGACUCUGCCCUCCUACACCAUACCUCCGGAAUACCUCCUUCAAAUCGCAGCUGUGCGACCUCCUAUCCCCAGCCCUACAUAUUCACGAGCGCCUCGUGCGCAUGCGGUCUCCAUCAUCACAUCGCUCAUCCUCCACACAAUGGAUCCAUUCCGAGAUCGACUCCGAACAGCCAUCCACGAUGGGCGAAUCAAACCGAUACUACGCCGUGGGCAUGUCUAUCCUUGUGUUGACACUCUCGCCCUUUUUCAGCAUCGCCAUCCUGCUGUUUGCUUGGACGGCGGCCUUCUUCUGGGUCUUCGCCAUGGUCAUGGGUAACCCAGAUGGGACCGAACGCAAAGACGACGGCCGCGCCGCAGUCCUCGGUGUCUGCAAAUGGUGGCACACCUGGCUAGGCAAGGCGCGGAAGUUGUCAUAA